CUCCCGCUCUGGCUCACGCACACCCUUUGCAGACCGUGCGCUCAGUGCCAGUGUCUAAUGGCACCGAAGUGAACCGCGGAGCGCGGCUGCGGGCGCAGCGGCCUGCCGCAGAUGAACCCUCCUAACUAGCGCCGAGGGGUCGGGAGGGACGGCGAGGAGGGGAGAGCCCGAGGGGCCGGCCGGGAAGACGAGGAUAUAGCGCUGUGCGGAAGAGGACGGACCCGCGAGCAGCUUCACGGCUACCUGUCGACACAUGCUGUGCUCCAUGGCUAACUCGGGCUGCCUCCUUGUCUCCAACUCAGGCAUGCUUCCUCACUCUCUCCCCUGUCCUCCAGCCUUCCUCUACCUCCAACAGGGUAACCAGGACGCCACGGCUCCGCCGGACGCAAUGGCUCAGCCCUACCCCCCGGCCCAGUACCCCCCGCCCCCCCAGAACGGGAUCCCCGCAGAGUACGCGCCGCCGCACCCGCACCCCACGCCGGACUACUCGGGGCAAAGCACAGUACCGGAGCACGCCAUGACCCUCUACACACCAGCACAGAGCCACGCCGAGCAGCCGGGCACCGACGCCAGCACACAGUCCAUAGCCGGGACGCAGCCAGUACCGCAGACAGAUGAGGCAGCACAGACAGACAGCCAGCAGCUACACUCCACAGACACCACAGACAAGCAGCAGCCCAAGAGGUUACACGUCUCCAACAUCCCCUUUCGAUUCCGGGACCCCGACCUGCGGCAAAUGUUCGGGCAAUUCGGGAAGAUCCUGGACGUGGAGAUCAUCUUCAACGAGCGGGGCUCCAAGGGUUUUGGGUUUGUAACUUUUGAAACUAGCACAGAUGCCGACCGGGCACGGGAGAAGCUGAAUGGCACCAUCGUAGAGGGCCGGAAGAUUGAGGUGAACAAUGCCACAGCCCGUGUCAUGACCAACAAGAAGGUUGCCAACCCCUACACCAAUGGCUGGAAGCUGAACCCUGUGGUGGGAGCAGUCUACGGCCCCGAGUUCUACGCAGUAACGGGGUUCCCGUACCCCGCCACGGGGACGGCUGUGGCCUAUCGAGGGGCACACUUACGGGGACGAGGACGUGCGGUCUACAACACGUUCCGUGCUGCACCACCACCGCCACCCAUCCCCACCUACGGAGCGGUCGUUUAUCAGGAUGGGUUCUAUGGAGCUGAGAUCUACGGGGGUUAUGCUGCCUACAGAUAUGCCCAGCCUGCAGCAGCGGCGGCAGCGUACAGCGACAGUUACGGCAGAGUGUAUGCAGCGGCAGACCCGUACCACCACACCAUCGGCCCCGCCGCCACAUACAGCAUCGGCACCAUGUGAAACCGCGGCUGUUUCCUUCUGGGACCAGGAAGGGCAAAAAAUCCACCCACACACCCCAAAAAAAUGAAAAAUAAAAAAAAUCAAAAGCAAAGCAACAAAAAUAAAAAAUAAUAAUAAAAAAAGGCAAAGCGGCAGCAGCCACGUGAGAGCCCCAAAUGUCCACACGCGCGAGGAGUCCCGGCGGAGCCCGCGGCGAGCACGGUCGGACGCACGGACACACCGGAGGGGCCCCUCUCGCCCCGAGCCCAUUGCACGGAGGGGGAGCCGGCACAGGCCGAGCCGGGGUGUCCGGAGGGGCCUCACCGCCCGAGCACAGCGCCUGGCACCACGUCUUCCUUCCAGCCCCGGCUCUGGGACUGUGCUGGGGUGGGAAUCCAGCCUUGUGCUUCCUGAGCUGCGGUCAUCAGCGUGUCAAGUGUGCGGAGCCUCGGUUCCCGAGCGGAGCCGCUUUGCUGAGGCGCUGGGCGGUGCAGGGGACCAGCCCCUGCCUUUUAAAGGGAACUUUUGUUAAGAGGAGCUUCUUGCAACUCGCUUGUGAUCCCUUCCCCCUCCCUCCAUCCCCUGGGGCUCCAAUAGGAAUGCCCCGACCCUGCUCCCACUCCUGCCUGCUCCAUGGCACGGGAAGUGCUCCUGGCUCCCCAUCCCUGUCCAGGCCAGUGGGACCCCUCGAAGCAGGGUCUCGGCCAUUGCAUCGCCCAGGGCCAGACUGACAUCACCCAUGGGGACCAGCCUGAGCCCCGGGGUCGGUCUGCAGCAGCCGGCACACUGGUUCAGAGCCCACCCCGGGGUGCAGCCCCAGCCAGCCAGCCUCGCGCUCGGCCCCCACGGCACCACCACUCCUCAAACCUCACUUUAUAGUCUGCAGACACCCCAACGCUCCACCAACGAGCUCCCCCUUUUCUAUUCCCGGUGUACAUAGCCCCGGCCGCCCCGGCCCCGCACCCCUGCCCUGUACAAAGCUCCUUCCAUCGCUGUACUGGCUUCUUCCUUACAGCAACCCCUCCGCCGGCCGCCGGCGCGCAGGCUGGCACUGGCCCAUCCUGUAUGCUUCAAAGGUGUGACCAUUCUAAUAAA